UGUCCGUUCUGAUUUCAUAUAUUCUGUGGUUGUGCGGUUGUGCCUUGUGCCGUUGUGGUCGAGAGUUCGAGACGGUYGAGUGUUCGUUUGUGUAAUGUAAUCGUGUAUACUGUAUGGGGAUCCCAGUGGUCCCCCCCACAUGGACACAUGCCACAUUCGCCACAUUACCACUUAUUAAUAUUGUAGAGUGUAGACCAUAGUAAUAAUUASUAAUUCUUUACUGAUUCGAAAUUCCCUUGCUUACGUGUAAGGUAUUAAUUAUAAUACAAUCUGCAAUUAUUUAUUUAUUUUUAUUCUUAUUAAUUGUGUUUGUUUAUUGUUUCUAUUGUUAUUAAAAGUAAGCAUUAAAUAUUCGGCACUUACUCUAAUUUUCAGAAACAACUUUAAUAUUAUUAUCAACCUAAAUGUUAACCAACGAGUGAUAUUUCACCAAAAAAUUGAUGGAAUAGCUCACUCAGCACCUACCACCAAUUGAUGAGGUUGACAUAAAAAAUACAGUUAUUGAACAAUAAAGAAGACAGUAUGGAACAAACAUUCAACGAUUCCGGGAUAAAUUCCAAGUAUGGUUAUAUAUUAAAAAGUUCUAGAAAAUUGACAAUUCCGCUGAUUAGAUGUGACCAAUUUAUUAAACAGGAAACUAUUGAUGAAGGAUAUAAUAUUAAUGAUGAUCAAUCAUUAAAAAUAGGGACUAUGUGUGAAACUGAAAAAAAAAUUAACACAAUAAAUGAUGCUGCUAUAAAAAUUGAAAAAGAUGUGAUCAAUGACUAUGAAUUUGAAGGUAUUGUUAUUGCUAAAAGCCACUCUUCAGAAUUCAUUGCUUAUAUGAAUUCGGACAAGAGCUCAAACUUAAUGGAAAAUACGUUAACAUGUAAAUUGUGCUGUGAAAUAUUUCCGGAUAAAUUAAGUAAGAGAAGUCAUUUAAAAAUUUAUAGUAAAAAAUCAACUUUUACAUGUGAUAUAUGUAAAAAAUCGUUUCAUCUCAAAGCACAGUUGAUUACUCAUAUUUUAAAUCAUACAGAUAAUCCUCACAAAUGCAGUGUUUGUAAUAAAACAUUUAGCCGAAAGGGUUAUGUAAGAAUUCAUAUGAGGAUUCAUACUGAAAAUAUGCCAUAUAAAUGUGAUAUCUGUCAUCAAAGAUUUUUUUUUAAAGGAGUUUUUGACAAUCAUAUGAGAAAACAUACUGGAGUAAAACCUCACAAAUGUGAUGUCUGUAUUAAAUCAUUUAAUACAAAAGGACAUUUGACAAGACAUAAAAUGAUUCAUACAAAUAAAAGAGAAAAAYCAUUUUGUUGUGACAUUUGUAAUAAUUCAUAUUAUAACAUUUCACAUUUGAAAAGACACAAAUGGUCCCAUAGUGAAAAUAAGCGUUACAAAUGCACUGUCUGUAAUAAAACAUUUUCUGAUCCUACUCAUUUUAAAGAGCACUCAAGAAUUCACACUGGUGAAAAGCCUUUUAAAUGCGAACUUUGUAGUAAAACUUUUAAUUUGAAAGUAAGUUUGGUUACACAUAUGAUGAGCCAUACAGGUUUGAAACCUCACAAAUGUACUGAGUGUGACAAGACUUUUGUUAAUAGAACYCAAUUAAAAUCACACCUGUCAGUUCAUACAAAAGAAAAGCCAUUUAAAUGUGGUAUCUGUCAUAAGUUAUUAACUAAUUCAACUAGUCUACAAUACCAUAUGAUGAAGCAUAAAGGUGAAAAUCCUCAUAGAUGUAUUGUGUGUAAUAAGUCAUUUCCAAUAGCAUCAAUUUUAAAAAAUCAUAUGGUCAUUCAUUCUAUCAUUAAACCUUAUAAAUGUGAUAUCUGUGAUAAGGCAUUUAAUCAAGCUGUACAUUUAAAAGUGCAUAGAAGGACACAUACUGGCGAAAAACCUUAUGCAUGUCAUGUUUGUAAUAAAUCAUUUGCUGUAUCUAAUUCUUUGAAUUUACAUAUAAGAACUCAUACUGGAGAAAAGCCUUUUGAAUGCAAAAUAUGUGAUUACAGUUGUACAACAUCUUCGGGACUAAAAAUUCAUAACAAAUAUAAUCAUACCACCAGAAAUAAGCCAUAUACAUGUGAUAUAUGUAAUAAAAGUUUUGUUUUAAAGCGAGUUUUGGAUAUACAUAAAAAGUCUCAUACUGGAAAUAAACCUUUUGAGUGUAACUUAUGUUCUAGGACAUUUACUCAAAAAUCCAGUGUGAGAAACCAUAUAAUUUAUUUCCAUGCUGAUUUUAAGCCUCAUAAAUGUGAUGUUUGUAAUAAUUCUUAUACUUCAGCAUUCAAUUUGAAAUUACACAUGAGAAUACACACCGGAGAAUCCCCUUUUAAAUGUGAUAUCUGUAAACAAUCAUUUCAUCAAAAACCACAGUUAAUUACUCAUAUUUUAAAUCAUACAGGAGAAAAAUUGUUCAAGUGUAACAUCUGUUCAAAAAGAUUUGCUCAUAAAUAUACUAGAAAUAUUCAUAUGAGAACUCAUACUGGUGAAAAACCUUAUAAAUGUGAUAUAUGUAAUAUAAGUAUUCGACAUAAAGCAUCAUAUAAUAUUCACAUGAAAAAUCAUGCUGGGUUGAAACCACACAAGUGUGAUAUCUGUAAUAAAGCAUUUGUAAUAAGAUCAAAAUUAAAUUACCAUAUGAAAAUUCAUAGUAAUGAUUAAAAAAAACUAAAGGAAGCUAUUUUAGCUA